GUGUUAUAUGCUUGAGCUAGGGUUUUUGAUUUCUGAAUCCCAACCAAAUCAAAACUCAAACCUACAAUGGGUGGAAAGUGUCCGCACAGGAGUGUGAAGAAGCGCCGCUAUUCUCACAAGUCUUUCAGGCGAUCCAAAUUUCUCGUCAAGGGCGACGACGCCGUUUACGAUGAGCUUCAGAAAGGGGAGGAAGACAGACAGCCCUUGCCUGUGGAUGAAGAUCUUCCGGGAAUGGGGCAGUACUAUUGUUUUCACUGCGAUCGCUAUUUUGCUAAUGUGACUGUCAGAGACGAACAUUUCAAGACCAAACGCCAUAGGAAGCGUGUGAAGAUAAUGUUGGGACCUGCACCGCACACGCAACUGGAUGCUGAUCUAGCUGCUGGAAUGGGCAAGCCAGACAAUGGCCCCAAGUUAAUGGCAAUGUAAACUUAUUCCUGUGUUUUUUUUACAUUCCUGGAGUUUGUGGUUGUACGAAUUCUAGGCUCCCUGCCUUUACCCCUUGUUUAUUACAAUGAUACAACUAGUGGCUUAGGAGUUA